AAUUGAUUGAUCAACUCUAAAUGCAUAUCUAGAUAUUGAAAUCCAUAUGUUUUAUACAUGAAGAAAAGAGUUUUUAAACUAGCUGGCUGGUAAAAAAAUAUGAAAAUUUGAGUAGAGAGUACAAGGAUAGAAGACAAAAUGAGAAAAAAAGCCACAAAGGUUGACCGUGUUGGCAUCGAAGAUAUAAAUAUUGAUAACUACUCAGAUUACGAUUCUGUGGACAGUAACGAUAUUGACGUUAAAGAAGCGAUACGCUCAUCCAUCUCGCAAAAAACCAAACACAAAAGUUCUAUCCCAAGUGUGAAAUUAUCGACAUCUCCAAGAGACAGCGAAUCGGAUUUAGAGGCUGAGCUGGAUUUACAGCCCAGGAAGUCAAAGAAACCAAAGGUUGAAGACGAAGAAACAGCUUCAAUGAGAAGAGAGAGGAAUCGAUUAGCAGCUCAGAGAUGUCGCCAAAGAAGGAGAGAUAGAAUUGACAAGCUAGAACUGAUUUGCCAACGCCUUGAGAAUGAUGGUGAUAAAUUACAGGUGGAAAUCUCAGAUUUACGCAAAGAAAUGGAUAACCUGCAGAAAAUACUGUCCAAUCACAAAUGUAUGGCGAAACCUGUCAAAACUGAAAUCUUCAUGCCAUCUCGCAAAUAAUCAAUUUGAUUCGUUAAAAUCCUUGUUUUAAAGAAUAAUGAAAUUUGGACGAUAAGAAAGCAUAAACUUCUGCCAUGUGAUCAUACUGUGUUUACCAAAAAGCAGAAGAACGCAAUAAGGAUUGAGCUUCGCUUCACAUUGAAAAACUUUAAGUAUAAACAUUUAAGGGCAAACGUGACAUCCUGUUUGUCAUCUCUUUGUGUAAGAUACACGUUUAAAGUUGUAGCAAUUUUGGGUGGAAUUUGAGUUAUUAUCAACGACACCGCAUAUAGGCGAAGUUUCUUUUUAAUCAUUCUAUACUUCCUUUUUUAUAAUCAAUAUGUUACCUAAAAGCAACAUGGGGCUAAAAUCUUUCCAAAAAAGAGAGCACGUUGUUAGCAACAAAAUACAGAAUUAUAAACAACAUUGAAAGUCAAAGUUUUGUGGGUUUUUUUAAGCAACAAGGUUUAUCCAGCAUGCAUUGCACCUUUAGUUAUAAGUAAAUGGUUUGAUAACCUUAAAAAUCAUUGUAGUUCCAUUCCAGUUGUUUUUUAGGUUUUGCUUACUGCGUACUAAGAAAUUAUAUGAGUUUUUAAAAGACAUUGUACGAUAGAAUGAGUUUAUUUAUUUGGUUUAUUUAUUUGUUUAUCACGAUAGAUGUAAAUAUUAUAGUUGAAGAGCGGAAUAUUGCACACAUGAAAAUAUUAGGGUAACUACA